GAAGACAAUCACUUAGGGAAAAUCACCAACUAUAAUUAUUUCAAUUAUGUGAGGACAAAGCUAACCAUUCACUUUUGCUAUUUGUACAAUAAAGAAAAAAAAACUUUAUUUUUUUUUAGUCCCCAGCUAAAAAUGCCUUGAAAGACGUGCAUUGAAGGUCUAAACAAACAUGUCAAACAAAGUGUUGUGGUGCAUCUGAUUCAUGUCACAGUGGAAUCAGUAACCUCCAUUCAUGGGUCGUGAAUGACAUUAAUAUCUGUUAAAGAGGUUCUAUUUUCAGCCUUAGACACUGGCUUUAUAUGCGUGUGGCCCCACGCCUCUCUCCAGCGCCCUCCCCUCUGGCUUUUUAAGGAGGUGGACCUGUUCGAGAUGCAGGCACGUGCUUCCUGAAGUCCCCGGGCUCUCCUGCUCACACCCACACACGGGCGCAGACGGUCCAGAAGCCCCCCCCCCCCAACUGCCAUCUGCAGCUAAGAGCCUCAGAGUGACACCCAACACCUCACUCUCUCUCUCGGGUGGCAGAGUGAGGGCGCCGAUCUGUGCACCUACUUACCGGACCAUCUCUACGGGCACCAUGGACCUGGGACACGAACCCAAUAUUGAGCUCUUCGUAAAGGCUGGACAUGACGGCCAGAAGGUGGGCAACUGCCCGUUUUGCCAAAGGCUUUUCAUGGUGCUUUGGCUGAAAGGAGUCAAGUUCACAGUGACUACUGUCGACAUGAAAAAGAAGCCCGCAGAACUGAAGGACUUGGCCCCCGGGACAAACCCUCCCUUUCUGCUGUACAACGGGGAGCUGAAGACAGACUUCAUCAAGAUCGAGGACUUCCUGGAGACAAUGCUAGCCCCCCCAAGGUACCCGCACCUCAGCCCCCAGAACAAGGAAUCCUUCGAUGUAGGCGCAGACAUCUUUGCCAAGUUUUCCGCAUAUAUCAAGAACAGUCCCAACAACCAAUAUCAAGAGACGGCCCUUUUACGGGAGUUCAAGAGACUGGACGACUAUCUGAACACGCCCCUCCCAGAAGAGAUUCACCAGAAUGCCACCAAGAACAUCAUCGUCUCCGACAGGAAGUUCCUGGAUGGCAACCGCCUGACCCUGGCUGACUGCAACCUACUGCCCAAACUCCAUGUCAUUAAGAUUGCUUCCAAGAAAUUCUGUGGCUUUGAAAUCCCCGUACAGUUCACAGGCGUGUGGCGAUACCUGAGGAAUGCGUACGAGAGGGACGAGUUCACGCAAACCUGCCCAGCAGACGUCGAGAUUGAGAUGACCUAUCUGAAUGUGGCUGGCAAGCAAAAAUGAUAGUUAGCAAACCAUUAGCAAACCAUCAAACCAUUGGCAAACCAUUACAGAUGCCAGCAGAAUUACAACUUACCAAAUCCUGCAAAAAGGAAAUUCACACCUGGGGUGUGACUCCUUGAUUGGCCAUGUUAUUUACAGUUAACCGAAAUAUUAAAAAUGUGGCCCCAUGACCGAAGUCCCAUAUCAGAUAAAUCUCAUAUGUUGGUGGCUGUCCGGGGCCCACAAUUUGCAAGGAGCACAUUCCCAUUUAUUUUAUGCUCUCCAUCAGCAUAAACAACAGGGAACUUUACUAUUACAACAAAACAGAUACACAUUUUUCUGUAUGAAAACUGAAUGUUCGUUCAUGCUGUAAAUAGACACUUGUUACCUUUAUUUCUUAAUACUUACUUGUAUGCAUACACAUUGUGAUUUGCGAUUAAUAUCAAUGAAUUGAAAUAGAAGCAGCUUUUCGAAAGCCUAGUAUAUAGUCUGGUCUUAGAUGAUGAAAUACUUUAAAACCAUUUCGGAGGUCUGGACAACGAUGGCAGUGACCAUGAUGGUCGUCCACUGUCAAGGUGGAAAAGUAGUUGACCUUUUAUGAACAUUUUCUAAAACAUGUUUUAUAUUUUUUAAAUGCUUUGUGAAUUUCUCAAGUUGUAUUGCAAUAAUAUUUCGGGAAAUUUAAAUUACAAUCUGUUCGAUUUAAUGUUAAAGAUUCUGAAUUUAAUUCUCAAUAAAAUCAUAGGCAAUGCA